UUUCGUGUUCGAUCAGUGUUAUUUCACUCGUUGCGCACCUGCGAGCGAUUUGCGGCGCGAUUUCGGAUAAAAGAGAGGAAAAAUAGAGCACGUUGAUGUGGUAGAGAUGUAUCAAGGGUUUAAAGAAAAAAUGGUCAUCGAUUCAACUUCAAAGGCACCCCAAUAAAGGAAACUCACUUUACUAGAGACAGCAAUUAUGAGAUCGAAAUUAUUUCCCGACCUACCUAAUCAUUCGCACGUGAUUUUGUGAAUAUCGCUCGAAGAUCGUUACCCAGUGAUCAGAGCUAGACUAUUGUGUAAUACAUAAUCGUUCGAAGAGGACCAUUGAUAACGUCGGACCUUCGCAGUGAUAUCGUGGUAAUAUUUCAGUCAAGCUGCCAAUAAAUUUCAUCACUCGCCGUCUGAUCGUCGGUGUAUCGGUCGAUACGUGCCGUUUGCUUGUAAAAGACACAUUUUUAUGCGGCGUCGCGCGAACGCUGAACGUGAUCCUAAAAACGUGUUCGACGCCAGACAUUGGCGGAAGGAUUUGUCGCGGUCGUAAUUAAAAUCGCAGCAGAAACGUGAAACGAAUCAUGUCAUUGGAUAAAACGGACACGACAGGACAAUUUGUGAAAGUACGAUCGGAGAGGACUGGCUUUAAACCUAUUGAACGAUGGCGUAUCACGAGGAACGUUCUGAUAAUUGGAAUCGCGUUUAUGGUGAACUUCACGGCAUUCAUGGGGGCGACGAAUUUACAGAGCUCGAUUAAUGCCGAUGGAUCGUUGGGUACCUUCACCCUGGCGUCAAUUUAUGGCAGUCUGAUCUUCAGCAAUAUCUUUCUGCCGACUCUGAUUAUAAGCUGGCUGGGCUGUAAAUGGACCAUAUCAUUGUCCAUUCUGACUUACGUGCCGUUUAUGGCUGCACAAUUCUACCCAAAAUUCUACACCAUGAUACCAGCUGGGUUGAUGGUUGGUAUCGGUGCAGGGCCACUCUGGUGCGCCAAAUGCACUUAUUUAACGGUCGUCGCAGAAGCAUACACCACUCUAUCGAAUGUGGCCCAGGAUGUCCUCGUCACGAGAUUCUUCGGUCUGUUCUUCAUGUUUUACCAGAUGGCACAAGUCUGGGGGAAUCUUAUAUCUUCGGCAGUCCUUUCAUAUGGAAUCGACACGGUGCCAUCGAAUAUUACACUGAAUAGUAGCAUUGUGGCGGAGGCGUGUGGUGCCAAAUUUUGCGGUGCAACUUCCGAUACCGACGACAGUCCGAAUUUGGAACGACCUCCAGAGGAAAGAAUUCAUCUAAUAUGCGGCAUCUAUUUGGGUUGUAUGAUAGUCGCUUCAUUGAUUGUGAUGUUUGGAGUUGACUCGCUCUCGAGGUAUGACAGAGGUAGAUCAGGAUCAGCGACAGGCCAGUCAGGAUUCAAAUUGUUGGCUGUGACACUGAAACUAUUGAAAGAGAAAAACCAGAUCCUUAUACUGCCAGUAAUAAUAUUCAUAGGAGCGGAGCAAGCAUUCUUAUUCGCUGAUUACAAUGCUUCAUUCGUUUCAUGUGCAUGGGGAAUCAACAAUAUCGGUUACGUAAUGAUCUGUUUCGGUGUGACGAACGCUAUAGCUGCUUUAGGUACAGGAUCUAUAAUGAAACUAACAGGAAGAAGGCCUUUGAUGAUAUUCGCUUUUUGUAUUCACAUGGGAAUUUUUACUUUCCUGUUGCGUUGGAAACCCACUCCUGAUCAAAAUCAAAUAUUCUUUUUGAUGUCUGGAUUAUGGGGUCUUUGUGACGCUAUGUGGCUGGUACAAAUAAACGCUCUAUCAGGUUUGCUGUUCCCAGGCAGAGAAGAAGCCGCUUUUUCGAACUUCCGACUGUGGGAGUCCACAGGUUCUGUGAUCACAUACGUGUACAGUCCUUACCUCUGCACUCAAACGAAGCUGUACUGUCUAAUAGCAAUCCUCUGUCUUGGAAUGAUUGGUUACGGUAUAAUCGAGUGGACUGGGAAAGCCGAUAGAUCGGUUCCAGAAUCGAAACCAGAUUUCGAAUUGGUGACAAAUGGCGAAUUGAACGACACGACGAAACUUUGACUUGACGAGAAUAAAAUUAAUGAAUCCUUUCAA